AUGGUCUAUCCGUCCUCGGCCAGUUUGGCCAUAGACCCGGUCUUCCUCCAGGAUUGCUAUGACUAUGCUUCAGACAAGGGCUACCCAAACGCCGCCUCCUCCAAGAUGGCGUCCGCCAUCCUUGUCGGCGUGACGAUCGCCCAGCAGGCCUACUCGCACCUCAACGACCGCCGGGCGCAAGUGUACAUCGCUAUGUUCACUGGCGCAGCGACGUACAUCGACGACAUCAGCGAAACGCAUACCGACGAUGUGCGCAGCUUUCCGAUCCGGUUCGUUAACGGAGAGACGCAGGCAGAUGCUGAGCUCGUGUUUGCGGCGAAGGCGUUUAGAGACGUGGGGAACGUGUAUCCGCCCGCGCAGGCUGCGAUGAUUACGACCUCUGUUCUCAACUUCGUAACUGGGUGUGUUCUCGAGGACGAGUGCAAAACCAUCAAGCCAUCUGAAAAUGCACCAUCGUAUCCGUACUUUCUACGGAGUUUGACAGGCGUAGCUGAUGCAUACCUGGUCAUGAUGUUCCCGGCCGAUGUACCUCUGCAGCGAUACGUCCAGGCCUUUCCCGACUUGACGCUUAUGAUCAACGUCACAAACGACGUCAUGUCAUUUUACAAAGAGGAGCUUGCUGGAGAAACGACAAACUACAUCUCGCGUAGGGCAGCUAUCAAGGGGACGAGCAAAAUUUCAGCACUUAGAGACAUCGCCGACGAGACUAUUCGCGCCAAUCGUCAAAUAUUGAAGGUCCUCGAGGGUGAUGAGCGAGCAAGCGACGCAUAUACGAGCUUUAAAGAAGGCUAUAUGCGCUUUCAUGUUGCGUCUGUACGGUACAGGUUCCACGAGAUUAUGCUUUAG